AUGCCUGAAAGACCUCCAUUUCCUGGACGCCCGGCUCAGCCUCCUGGCCCUACCUACCUUCAGUAUUCUCCCGAUGGCCAGAGACUAAUCGUUGCCGGCAUUGGAAAUUUCGCCCGUUCAUUCCGAACCAACGAUAACGACGAGCCCGAUUUACUACCUGACACUCACGGGGAGACAUUUGCUGUUGCAUCAGGGAACGACUAUGUUAUUCUCGGCUGCGAAGAUGGCACCGUGUGCGAGUACGCGGUACCAUCGGGAGACUUCAAGCAGAUGCUGGUCAGAACGACACUUCCUAUCAGAGACAUCGCUCUUUCUCCCGAUGAGAACUGGAUUGCUGUCUCGAGCGAUGAACUCGAGAUCAAAAUUGUCAAUCGACACGACAUUGAGCAGAUCACCAUCCUUCGAGAACACCCAAAGCCAAUUAAACAUUUGACCUACGACCCCUCCGGCAAAUAUCUUACGGCGUCCUGCACCAAUGGGAUCAUCUACAUAUACUCGUUGGCUACUCCCGAACCGAACUUGUUCAGGACAAUUGAUGGGAUCAUAAAACGACUUGAGACCGCGGAGACACCUACCUCAAGAUGCGUGUGGCAUCCAGAUGGAAGAGCAUUUGCUUGUGCAACACCAACAAGAGAGAUACAAGUCAUUUCAGUGGAAGAUGGGGCACAUCAAAGAGUAUUUUCGGGGGCACAUGACGGCGAUAUUACGUCUCUGGCGUGGUCAGCAAAUGGAGCUUUACUAGCAAGUUCCAGCGCAGACAACCAACUGGUCAUUUGGGAAACCAAAACCCAGACUAUCCUGAAACGAUUCAACUAUGAAAAGAUCAUCAAUAUCGCCUGGCACAAUCACGGAGAAAACAUCUUCAACUGGACCACUUAUCAAGGCGAGGUCUUCAUCAUCCCAAACUUCCUCAAAGAUGAUGCUCAUAUCAGACUGCUCAAAGGGCCAAGGGUUAGGGCGCCAUUCUUCCAUGAUCCAUUAGACGAAAGUGCUGCAGCGUUAAACGGCAGAAAGCCGCUCGUGAACGGUCAGGGCAGGCGCCGCGGGGGAACGCCUGAUAGUCUGGACGAACUCCUCGGGCCUGAAGAGGAGUAUGAUUGGAUUGAAGAUGACGACGGUGGAGGCUACGUCAAUGAAAACGGGAAGAGAACAAACGGCCAUCUCGGAGAAGCGAACGAUCUUUCCACCAAACGCAGCCGACUGGAUGUCUGGCAGCCACAGGUGCAUGAACCCUUCCAACCCGGAGCCACACCCUGGAGAGGCAAUCGCAAGUAUCUUUGUCUGAAUUUGAUUGGAUUUGUCUGGACGGUCGAUCAGGACACGCACAACACGGUGACCGUGGAGUUUUAUGACCGUGAAAUGUACCGAGACUUCCACUUCACUGAUCUUUUUCGGUACGACAAGGCCUGCCUAAACGAGACCGGUGCACUGUUCUCAUGUCCAGCCAAAGACGGACAACCGGCACUGAUUUUCUACCGACCACAUGAAGCGUGGACCUCGCGCUCGGAUUCUCGAAUCAGUCUCCCUGAUGGCGAAGAAGCGAUAUGCAUCGCGCUCAGUAGCCGAUAUAUUGUGGCCGUCACCAACAGAAAUUACGUGCGGGUAUGGACCUUGUUUGGUACACCCGUGAGGAUUUGGCGCAUGAAAAGCGCACCCGCUGUGACCUGCGCCGCAUGGGGGGACUAUGUUAUGACAGUCGGAAACGGACCUGUUGGCGCUGACGGCUGCACACAGCUUAUGUACAGCAUCGACGACAUCAGGCGGGAGGAGAACUGCCAGAACGAAGACGUCCUCGCCUUAGGCACUUUGCCGCCAGACUCAAAUGAAGAGGAAGUGGGUCUAAAAACAGUCAUUUGGAGUGACGCAGGUGAUCCUUGUAUCUAUGACAGCAAUGGCAUUCUCUUGACCCUCUUGCACUGGCGGACAAUGGGCCAGGCAAAGUGGGUUCCCCUUCUCGAUACCAGGCUGCUAGAUCGUUUGAAAGAUGGAAAGAAAGAAGAGACCUAUUGGCCGGUUGCGGUUGCGGCAGAGAAGUUCCACUGCAUCAUCCUCAAAGGCGGUGACAAGAGUCCUUAUUUCCCGCGCCCACUUCUUACUGAAUUUGACUUUCAAAUUCCAGUUUGCCGACCUGCAGAGAAAGGUGAAGAGGGUGAAGAGGAGACCAAUGCCGCUGCUGCGGUGAGAUUGGAGGAGGUGUUCGUCCGAUCUUCCAUUCUACUUGGACUUUGGGAUGAUUUGGUCCAGUCCCUCGGUGAACGCGCGGGCCACGCCCAGAAGACAGAAGUUAUGAGACGUGAGAUUGACAUUGACAAGAUUCUGCUGCAGCUGUUAGCGGUCGAAUGUCGUGAAGGCGAGGAGAGGGGGAUGAAAGCUUUGGAAAUUGUGGGUUUGUUGAAGGAUAGAGGCGGAAAGAUGCUCGAGGCCGCAGCAAAAGUUGCAGGCAGAUGGGGCAGAACAGUGCUGGAAGAUAAGAUCAGGGAAUAUGCAGAAAGGAAGUUGAUGGGUAUUGAAGAAGAGUAA